AAAUAUCGACUACACCGAACGGUCGAUUUUGAUCCAGAUGCCCCUGGAGUAUCAGUUCUUAAGCCGCUGUUAGGAGUGGACAAACACUUGAAAGCUAAUUUACAGUCGUUUUUCACAAUGAAAUUCCCUAAAUUCGAAUUGUUGUUUUGUGUGAAAGAAAGGCAUGAUCCAGCUGUGGGCAUUGUCAAGCAACUCAUGGACAGAUAUCCUGCCGUCGAUGCGAGGAUAUUUUAUGGAGGUGAAGAUGUCGGAUUGAAUCCCAAAAUCAGCAAUAUGAUGCCGGCCUUAUCGAAAUGCAAAGUAUCCACUGGUGAUGAUCAGCGAUGCAGAUGCCGUAUUGCAAAGGAUAGGGAGGGAUUUGCAGGUGCUCUAGAACAGAUCUACUUCGGUACCAGCCAUGGCCGUAUCUAUCUUGCUGGAAACUGCAUGCAGUUUGUAUGUUCGACCGGAAUGUCGUCAUUAAUGAGGAAAUUUGUGCUAGAUGAAUGCGGUGGAUUAUCGGCAUUUGGUGACGUCUUGGCCGAGGAUUAUUUCAUUGGAUUAGAGUUCAGCCGUCGCGGUUGGCGAUCAGCGAUUUCUACUCAUCCGGCCCUUCAAAACGGUGCUGAACCUACUGUGGCGAAGUUCCACGCGAGAAUUAGAAGAUGGAUGCAGCUGCGGAUCGCAAUGUUACCUCAUAUGAUGUUUGUAGAACCUUUACAGGAUUGCUUCAUGUCUGGUCUUAUUGGUUGUCUGUGUGCCAAUCAUUUAUUAGGUCUGAAUCCUAUAGCCUACUACGCAGUCCACUGUAUCGCUUGGUUUUUGUGUGAUUACGCUUUGAAUCGAUCUAUACAGAAUGGUCCUCUACCGUAUCGUUUGCCGGCAUUCGCAUGGGCUUGGGCAUUCCGUGAAGGAUUGGCACCGUUCAUCUAUGUCCGGGCAAUACUCACACCCAGCAUCAACUGGAGAAAUGGCCGGUUCCGAUUACACUGGGGCGGCAAGAUAAGGUCGUCCUGA